GGGCGUGCGGCGCCGGCUGGUAGGCGGGCGUUCAGCAGCCGCCAGCCGCGCUGCAGCGCCGAGGCCGCGGGCCGGCCAGCCGCCAUGGUGGACUACUACGAGGUGCUGGGCGUGCCGCGGCAGGCCUCGGCUGAGGCCAUCCGCAAGGCGUACCGCAAGCUGGCGCUCAAGUGGCACCCGGACAAGAACCCCGAGCACAAAGAGGAGGCAGAGAGGCGGUUCAAGCAGGUGGCGCAGGCCUACGAGGUCCUAUCUGACGCCCGUAAGCGCGAGGUGUACGACCGCUGCGGCGAGGUGGGCGAGGUGGGCGGCGGCGGCGCGGCCGGCAGCCCGUUCCACGACGCCUUCCAGUAUGUCUUCUCCUUCCGAGACCCCGCCGAGGUCUUCAGGGAGUUCUUCGGGGGCCGCGACCCCUUCUCAUUCGACUUCUUCGGAGACCCGUUUGAGAACUUCUUUGGGGAGCGGAGGAGCUCCCGGGGAAGCAGAAGCCGAGUACCCUUCUCUGCCUCCUUCACCGACUUCCCAGCUUUUGGGGGCGGUUUUGCUUCGUUAGAUACCGGAUUCACAUCCUUCGGUUCCCCGGGAAACUCAGGCCUUUCUUCUUUCUCUAUGUCCUGUGGCGGUGGGGCGGCAGGCAACUUCAAGUCGGUGUCAACCUCUACCGAAAUAGUCAAUGGCAAAAAAAUCACCACCAAGAGAAUCGUUGAGAAUGGACAAGAAAGGGUGGAAGUGGAAGAAGAUGGAGAGUUAAAGUCCCUGAUAAUUAAUGGCAAAGAGCAGUUGCUUCGCAUCGAUACUCAGUAAAGACAUGUGUUUUAAGGACGAUCAGGACUUUUUUUGUUUUGUUUUGUUUUUUGUUGUUGUUGUUGUUUUGUUUUUUUGGGUUUUUUGUUUGUUUGUUUUGUUUUCGUUUAAAAGCGUUUCCAAGGGAACUCUACUUUCAGAACAACUGUAUUCAAGACAUUAUAUACAGCUGAUGCCGGUGCCUCUUGUUGUUGGGACUUCAGGGAUAGGAUCUCUCUUGGUCUUUAUGCCUGUUGUAAAUAUGUGUAUGCCUUUGGCACUCAUUAAACUUAAUCCUGAGGCAGACCACCAU